ACUCCAUAAGUCCAUGGCAACAAAAUGAGAGGAUAUAUCGCGAAAUGAAGCAGAGACCAUGGUAAUUUCGACACGAAAAUCCUAUGGAAUUUUUUUAUAUUUAAAUAUAAGAAAAGAAAAAGAAAAAAAAAAAGUACUAAUAAAAAAGCUAAAAGAAAGGCGAAGUUGAAUGGCAGAAAAAAUCGAAGAUGAAGGUGAACCAAGCAACGGUGGGAAUGAGAGAUUACAUGUGUUUGAGAUCCAUUCUUUUGCUGUUUCUAAGUUUUCAAAGUUUCCUCCACAUUUCUCUCUCCCUAUAUAUAUGAUUAUUUAUUUACUUCUCAAAAACGAAAACACCCCCACUUCCAUUUUUUUUUUUUUUUUUUUUUUUUACUUAGGAAAUCAACAAAAAACAAAAACAAGCAUAAUAUACAGAUAGCUAUAUCAUCCCACCUUAAUCAUCAACAAACAAAUUCUUUUUUUUUUUUUUUUUGGUUAUUUUUUACCGGGGAAAUCAAAAAACAACAACAGCAUUAUUAACAAUAGCUAUUAAAGAAAAAAAACAAGGCAAAGAGAAAUUUCAAUAGCUAAAAGGAAAAAUGUCUUGGCAAACAUAUGUGGAUGACCAUUUGAUGUGUGACAUUGAUGGCCAGGGACAGCAUCUCACCGCCGCUGCCAUUAUCGGCCACGAUGGCAGUGUCUGGGCUCAGAGCGCUUCCUUCCCUCAGUUUAAGACAGAGGAGAUAACUGCGAUCAUGAAGGAUUUUGAUGAACCAGGUUAUCUUGCUCCUACAGGGCUACACCUUGGGGGCACAAAGUAUAUGGUUAUCCAGGGAGAACAGGGAGCUGUUAUCCGUGGAAAGAAGGGAUCUGGAGGUACCACCAUAAAGAAAACAGGGCAAGCUCUAGUUUUUGGCAUCUAUGAAGAGCCAGUGACUCCAGGACAGUGCAACAUGGUUGUUGAGAGGUUGGGGGAUUACCUCGUUGAUCAAGGCCUCUAGACCUAUCCAUGUCUAUCGUAUUUAAUUUUCAACCACUUGUUUUGGGAUACAAAUUUUUGGACUUCUCUCUUUCUGUCCUUUUUUUCCUUUUUUCUUUUUUUUUUUUUUUUUUUGGUUUGGUGGGGUUUUUGGUCCCAACUUAAGUAGCAUCUCCUUCACCAAAAGCCUUCAAAUGGCAUAGUGAAGUUGUUGCAGACAAUAACCAUGCCAGAACAUGAAACAGUUUUUUGGUGUUUGGUAAUUGUUUGAAUUUUUGCAGUA